AUGAAAUUUUUUUUCGAAAACACUUUAUUUGCGUUCUUAAUAUUAUAUCUUCGGUUUAUUAAACCAAUUAAGGCAAACAUUGAAAAGGAAGUUUUUACUUCUAAUGCUGUGAAGAUUUCUGAAUCCCUUUUCAAAGAAAUUUCCGAAUGGAGUGAACAGGGGAGUUUACUGACUUUAACUCCUCCAUACACUAUCAAGCGUUAUGAGCAGAUAGUACCUUUCAAAAGUGUUGACGAAUUUUCUCAAGACAAGUCAGGAGAAAAGGAAAAAUGGUACAUUCUUGAUGAUUUAGAAGAAGGAAAAACUUAUGAAACAAGAGUAUCAUAUGCAGCAACGUCGCCAACAACGUUUGUGUUGGAAAUAAUGGGCUUUGAAGAAGCAGCAAAUAUAUUUGAAAAAAGAAAAAAUUUGGAAAUUCCUCAGUCGAAUUCUCAACCAAUUCUGACUACAACAAAAAAAUUGCUUCGUGUAAGAGCUAUAUAUGAAGGAGUGUCAAUCAUUCCCGGGAGAGAAUCUCGUCCAAUUAUAUAUAACAUCGUUUUGGAGACUUUAACUUAUGGAGUUCCACGCGUAGCAUUUAAAUUAGUUCUAACGUUGGCAUUAAUUUUGGGAAUUGGAUAUUAUAUAUGUGUUCCAAUGUUUUAUUCAUCUUUGCAAAAAUUGAUAAAAGUUGCAGAGAAUAAUAAAGAUUUGAACAGAGAAUUGAAUAGAGAAAAAACAAGAAUAGAAUGA